UAAAAAUUUGUCAGGAGCUUCACUCUGUCACUGUCGUUCAGUCUAUGUUGAUACCGAGUAUCAAUAAACACGGACAAAGAAUGGAAAAAUGAUGGUCUCAUAGCAGAUGACACAAUGGACAGUGGGAAGCAAGCUCGUCUUUCACGUCCACACAAAAUAAGUGAAUCUUCAAAGGUGUAUCGAUGGGCAGACCAGGCUAGCUACCUCCUUCAAGGUUUGAAUGAGCAAAGAGAGCACGGCCAACUGUGUGAUGUUGUUCUGGUGGCAGAUGACCAGCGAGUCCCUGCACAUCGGGCCUUGCUGGCAGUGUCCAGCGCUUAUUUCCAGGCUAUGUUCACCUUGGGAAUGCGAGAGGAACGUGAGGCUGAAGUAGAGCUGGUGGGAGCUUCGUAUGUUGGUGUCAAAGCAGUAGUAGACUUCCUGUACAGUGGGGAGUUACCUCUUGAUGGUGGAAACAUCGACUAUGUCCUGGAGACUGCUCACCUGCUGCAGGUGUGGCAGGCUGUGGAUUUCUGUUGCCAGUACUUGGAAAAAGAUGUACGUGAAGACAACUACCUUUAUUUACAGGAGCUUGCCUUGCUAUACAGCCUGGAUAGACUGGACACCUUCAUAGACCACUUCAUUCUGGAGCAUUUUUUCACACUAUCUGUUACACCUGAGUUCCUGCAAGAUGUUCGGCUGCCCAAGCUUUGUGCGUACCUGGCAGAUGAACAGGUGCAGCAUGAGAGUGAGCGAGAUCUUCUACAGGUCACCUUGAAGUGGCUGACUCACAGACCUGAACGUACUGUUUUUGCACAACAGCUCCUCUCCAUCAUUCGUUUUUCCCUCAUCCCACCCGAUGAACUUGUAGGGAGUGCACUGCCAGCCAUACGUUCCCUGCUACCUCCAGAUGCAGGCUGUGAGGCUUUAGUGGAGGAGGCACUGGGCUACCACACACGACUCAGUGCCCAACCUGUACUGCAGACAACACGCACAGGCCUUAGAGGAGGUGUGGAGCGUCUUCUGUUAGUGGGAGGGGAGGUAUCUGAACGUGGAGAGGAACUGAGUGCAGAAGUGUGCUGGCUGGAUGAAGAAGCAGGAAAAUGGGUCGUGGAGACUGAACUUCCAGCUCAGAGAAGUCACCAUUGUGUUGCAGUUCUGGGUGGAUUUAUCUUCACAGCAGGGGGAAGCUCAUCACGAGACAAUGGUGGAGAUUCUGCAAGCAACUUGCUGUAUCGAUAUGACCCCCGAAGCAACCUGUGGGUUAAGGGUGCCCCCAUGAAUCAGCGGCGUGUGGAUUUCUAUCUGGGGACUGUGGAGGACUGUCUUAUAGCUGUGGGUGGACGCAAUGAUAGCGGCGCUUUGUCCUCUGUAGAAGUGUACCAUCCUGCAGAGGACUACUGGGUCUACGUAGCAGGAUUGCCCAGAUUCACAUAUGGGCAUGCAGGUGCAAUUCUUAAGAGCAUUGUCUACAUAUCAGGAGGCCAUGAUUACCAGAUCGGCCCAUACAGACGUGACAUGUUAAGUUAUGAACCAAAAACUGGGGACACAUGGACGGAGCGACAACCAAUGAUUCUGGCACGAGGCUGGCACUGUAUGGCCUCUUUGGAAGACAGGAUCUAUGUGAUUGGGGGCAGUAAUGACCAUGAAGACAGUAUGGAACGGUUUGAUGUGUUGGGGGUGGAAUCUUUUGACCCACAGACUGAUCAGUGGACCAAGAUAGCCCCUCUCCUCUAUCCUAACAGUGAAGCAGGGGUGGCAGUCUGGGAUGGAAAGAUCUAUAUACUGGGAGGGUAUACCUGGGAGGCCAUGGACUUCUCUCAGGGCACUCAAGUAUUUGUUCCAGACAAGAGCCAAUGGGUCUUGGGUCCAAACCUACCGAAGCACAUUGCUGGAGCUUCGGCAUGUGUGUGCCUUGUCAGACCUCAGCAAACCAGCAGUAUUGAGGUCAGUACAUCAGGACUCAAAGAGAAAGACAAGCAGAAUCCCAACCAUGAGCUACAUUGGUGAUUGUC